AUGCACCACGAGGCAGUUAUAUUGUCCGCGAUUGAUGAUUUGAAUGCCCAAUUGGUUCCUAAUUACACUGUGACCGCUGAGAAAUAUGGAAUCAGUCGUUAUACACUCUCACGGCGCUAUAGAGGUGUUCAAACGUCAAGAAAGGAAGCAACCUCUAUCCACCGCAAAAUCCUCACAGAUUCGCAAGAAAAUCGACUCCUUUUUCAUAUCAAUCGAUUGGCAGAUCGCGGUUUCCCUUGUACGCCCCAAAUCCUUCAUAAUCUUGUUGUUGAGAUAUUAAAAGAACCUAUUGGAGCCAACUGGGUGGCAAGGUUCUGUCAACGCCACAAGGAUGUAAUCAAGUCAGUUUACCUGCGAAAUAUCGACCAAAAACGCAAGAUUGCGGACAAUUCUACAUACUUUAAGCAUUAUUUUGAUCUUCUACAGGAAAAGAUCACUAAAUACAAUAUUGAACCUGGGAAUAUCUACAACUUCGAUGAAAAAGGAUUCCUAUUGGGCUUCAUCCACACCCUCAAGCGUAUUGUAUCAAUUAAUGCGCUCAAAUCCGGCCGUACAAUAGGUGCCAGCCAGGAUGGCAGCCGCGAAUUCAUUCCACUACUUGCCUCAAUUUGCGCCGAUGGAACCUCACUCCCACCUGCUCUCAUAUAUCAAGGGGAAUCAAGGGAUAUGCAAGAUACUUGGCUGGAAGAUUUUGAUAGCAAAAAGGAUCAGGUCUACUUUGCUGCUUCAGAGAAUGGAUGGAGCAAUGAUGAAUAUGGGUUAAUGUGGUUAAAGAAGAUCUUUGAACCUCAUACAAAAAAGAAAGCAGGGCGUGGAUACAGGCUUCUUAUAUUAGAUGGCCACUCAUCCCAUGUUAAUAUGGCAUUCAUCAAUUACGCGGCUCAGCAUAAAAUUUUACUUGCUGUCUUUCCUCCCCACUCUACACACCGAUUACAACCGCUAGAUGUUGGGAUAUUUGGACCAUUGAGCAAAUCAUAUUCUAAGCAUUUGAAUGAGCGAAUGAGAACCGGUAUGGGAUUUGUACGCACUACAAAGAGGUCUUUUUGGCAGCUAUUUGAUGCUGCUUGGAAGGAAUCAGUUACAUCCUCUAAUAUUAUAUCCGCGUUCGCUGCGGUUUGGCCUACAUUCAUUUGA